GUGUCUGUGUGUGUGCGCGAGAGCUCGAGAGGGGAGAGACGCUGCUGCUAUUGAUGCUCGGCUCUGGUAGCUCAGGGUGGACCGUUAUUGUCACAUUGAGCUAAGCCCGUGCCCUGCGAUUUACGGCCAAAACUAAAGUGAAGGAAGCCAAACAUCCAGCCGCCAUGGGGAAAGUGGAAGGAGGAAUGAAGUGCGUGAAAUAUCUACUGUUCGUGUUCAACUUUAUCUUCUGGAUUAUGGGGUCUUUCGUGCUGGCGGUGGGACUGUGGCUGCGCUUUGACCCAGAAACCGUGUCCCUGCUGAACGGAGACAGAGCUCCAGACACAUACUUUAUCGGUGUGUACAUCCUGAUUGGUGCUGGCAGUCUGGUGAUGUUGGUGGGUUUUUUUGGCUGCUGUGGAGCUGUUCGGGAGUCUCAGUGUCUGCUUGGAUCUGAUUUGCUAUUGCAGUUUUUUGCCUGUUUGCUCAUCAUCUUUGGAGCCGAGGUGGCUGCUGGAGUCUUUGGGUUUCUCAACAAAGACAAGAUUAUUGUAGAUGUUCAAAGUUAUUAUACAUCAACUUACAACGAAAGCAGCAAUGGCACACUGAUCAACUCCUAUCAGAAAAUACUGAACUGUUGUGGAACCAAAGCUAAUCCCUGCCCUGAUCGGAAAACAGAUAUAAAGGACUGUGAGACAGGCAUUAAAGACUUCUUCAACAAUAAGCUCUACAUAAUUGGAUACGUAGGCAUCGGCAUCGCUGGAGUCAUGAUAAUUGGGAUGAUCUUCAGUAUGGUCCUGUGCUGUGCUAUUCGUAACACCAGAGAGGUCAUCUGAGGACGACAGACCACUACUUCAUUCCCAAAUGACAUUGUUAAAAACUCACUCACUGACCAUAGGGACCCAAAAUUAAAAAGUGUGGCAUUCAUGUGGUUCCCAGAAAGUCUGGAAAUAACCCUGCUCAAGUCAGACCAUGAAUUUAUAAGUUUACACUCAAACAGUUUAUUUUAUGUCUUUUUUUUAAAUCUGUAAAAUAUUUGUAAAUUAUUUAUUUUCUGAAUUUUAUUUGUGAGAUGGUUAACAUUAAAUUGCAUGCUAAUUCAUAACAAUACACCUCUUAAUUUUCAGACAUUCAAAGAUGAAGCAUGAGUACAGUGCAAUGAAAUAAACAUAAGCUCAGAUAAAGACAUACUUGAGUUCAAACCAGCAUAUAGAUUGCUUAACCUAAAUUUAAAUCCCACAUAUUUGAUACAUUUAAGUACCAGAAUUCAGUUUUACUUUUCAGUCCACAGAGGCCACAAAGUCUUUACAAUAACAUUAAUGACCCCUGUACCUCUCCUUGUCUUGUCCCUGCAAUGUGUAUGAAGUGUUUUUCCUCAUGGUCGUGUGGUUCCUGCCAAAAAACUGUGGGCCUCAUACUCCCACUCCUCACAUAGUGCCACUGCUGCGUCAGGUCCUUUUCACACCACACUGACACUGACCCCUGGACUGUGGGAAACUCAAGUCCUCAGGAGGAAUCUGAGGCCAAACUAGCUUAGUUUGCUGUAUCCACUGCAGACCUGGUUGUGUUGUGUUACCUGAGAGUCCAGCCUUAUACAUGUGUAUUUGUGUGUGUGUGCGCACGAGCGUGUGUGUGUGUGUGUCUGGGGUCUGCCUUUCUUAUGGGGGACAAAAAUCAGGACACCAUGAACCGGUUAGGCGAGUAGUGAAAGCCAAUAUGAGUGAAGAGCCAGGUUGUUGCUGUGUCCCCAAAUAUUAAAUGCUAAAAAUAAAAAAAAUAUAUUUCAUCUUGCAUAAUUAUGUACACAUUUGUCAAAGUUCUGGUUCUAACCCCCUUCACACACACUUGCUCAAAUUCACGUAAGCAAUUCAAUCUUAACAGUUAUAUUUGCUGUCUGUAGCUCAUUAUAGACCUUGCCUGAGAUCCUCUGGAACCACUGCUUAUAUUUGAUUAUUUGUUGUGUUUUGUGCAAAAUGCUUUGAUACACUUGCAUGUAUUGGAGACUUAUGUAAGACUGGUCUUCUAGACAAAUGGAGGAUGCAGAUCAUGUUGUCAUGUUUGCAAUCUAAACAUACGCUACAGGCCAAUCAACUUAAAGAUGCAGCUGUAGUAAUGAAUGAGUUUUAUUUUGUGCCUUAACAAUAAUUCCAACAAAAACUAUGUUAAAUUAACCACUUUUCUUGUUCCACUAACUUAAGUGUCAGUAAUACAAUAUGCUGCAUAGAGAAUGUGUGAUUUGUGUAGUUUUAUGUUGUUUGAUGUUUUAAGUAACUUGCAUUUGUACAGCUUUGUAGCAUCACCGAUUCACAUUUGGAAUAAUCUUUCUCCGUGCCUUACUUUGAUAACACGUGUAUACACAUUGAAGUUUGAACAUUGAGCAGACAAUAGUUUGUACGAUGAAUAGCAGAGUUUGUUAGUUUGUUUGUAUAUUUCAUUUAAACUGUAAAGCACAUAGUGAUAAACCUUGUUACCACUUCACCUUUUAUUAGCAACUCAAGGUUUUGUUGUUCAUAACAAAGGUACACAACCAUUUCACAGUGUGUAUAUGAGGAGUAUUUUUAGUUUUGUGUAGGCAUAUCUGAUAUAGUGUACUGUACACAAUCAAGCUCAAGCUCUUUGAAGUUGUGUUAUUUAUUUGUGAUACCAUUCCAAGAUUCUCAGGAUAAAAGUAGAUGUUUGGAAUUAAAUAAAAUUUGUAAAAUACAA